UCAAAGUUCAGUGAGAAUCGCAAUAUAGAGCAAACCUUGCAUUUUUGAACUCAGAAAAUAAGAAAAAUUAAAAUAAAUAGAAGAAAAUACCGAACUCUGUUGUAUGUUUUAUAUCAAGCAGAAGAUGCAACAUCUUUAUGUUGGACUAAAGUGACAUAAUUCUUUGUAUAGUUUUCAAUUCAAGCUUUCAUUUAUUCCAAUAUCAACAAUUAAAACAAUAACAAACUUAUUGUAAAUGUAUCAUCUAUAAAAGAUAAACAUGUUAUCGAGGUUUCACCACUACCACGGAUCGAAUAUAAUUUUAUUUGAGGAUAAUACGGUAGCAUACCGAAAAGCGAGUUUCGCUCAUGGAUUGACGUUUAGCGAGAAACCUUUGCUGCCGGGCGAAAUAUUUUUAGUAGAAAUAGAGAAGACCGAACGGGGAUGGAGUGGACACAUGCGAUUGGGCCUAACGCUUUUAGAUCCUCAAACAGCAGCGCUGGGAGAUAGAGGAUUACCUCAAUACGCCCUCCCCGAUCUCGCGAACACUGGAAUGUCAUGGAUAUUUCCGAUAUCCAAGUGCCAGAACAACGUGCUGAUAGAGCUGGUGAACCAGGGCGCCAGCGGCAGACGCCGCUCCGAGCCGAGACCGUCAGUACUAGGAGACGGUCACAGUGUAAGAACCCCCCGAGGCUACGUCUCAAAAUUGGUUUUUAAACCGCAAACCAUAUCACAGAACGGGACGCCGCAAGGUAUUCUACCUAUGGACGCGGGCAGUCGAAUCGGUGUUAUGUUUGUUCCUUGUAAGAAGAAUAAUAAUAAUGACCCAGAUUUGGCUGAAAUGCAUUUUAUCAUCAAUGGUGAAGAACAAGGACCUUGUACUAAAGGUAUACCAUACACCACGGGGCCCCUGCAUGCUGUGGUCGAUGUUUAUGGCACUACCAAACAAGUGAAAAUAAUACAGUUAUAUGGUGUUAAAACAUUGCAAAAUGUGUGCAGAGAUGCUAUACUGCAGUAUGUGAAAAAUGGAUGUGUGAAAUCCCUACCAUUGCCACAAUGCUUAAAAGACUUUUUACUGUCAUAAGCUCGGGACUAAGAAGUGAACAGUGAACAUUGUGAUGACAAUAAGGUUGUAAAAUGCUAAACUUAAAGUUGACAAAGUUGCUAAGUAUUUGUAGCAUAUAUUUCAGUGGUGUUCGUAAGCAAAUCAUUGUGUUAGAUGAGGUAAGAUAUAAGUAAUCCUUAACUUGAACAUCUACAAUAAAUUAGGUCAUAAUAUUAUUAUAAAUAUUGAAACAAAUAUGUAUUAAAAGUACAGGUUGGUUGAUUGUUUAAAUUUUAUGUACUAUAAAUAUUUAUACUACUUCUUGUUUCUCACUGAUUUGACAAUGUAAUUUAAUAUUUAUUAAAAUAUGUCCCCAUUCCUAAAACACUUGUUAAAUUGUAAAAUAGUUUUCAUUUUAUUGUGCUAGCUGACUAUCAGCAAUGACAUCAAAAUGUAAACAGUCAUAGUCAAUCAAUAAUUUGAUAUUUUACAGAAAUUAUAUAUUAAAAUUGUAAUAGUUGAAUGCAUGGGCAUAUCCAGGAUUUUAGCUAGGGUGGGCAGCAUACCUGUUUCGAGAAGAUGGUCGGUCUGGUAUAGUGAAACAAAAAAGAUAUUUAGUUUUCAACACUUAAUUUUGUGCGCAGAGUAUGUAACACAUUUUUAAAUCCCACUUGCCAAGAAAAUUGACGUUUAUUUUAUCUUCUGGGGGGUGUGUACCCUCCUGCCUGGGUACACCUAUGGUUGAAUGUCAAAUAAAUGUAGAAUCUCAACACCAAUGAUAUUAUAUGAAAAACUCAAAGCUCAACACUGCAUACUAUCUGGUAUGAUCAUAGCUGGUAAGCUUCCAUGUUAAAAAUUGUUUUUAUAUAAGUAAGAACAUUGUUUAUUUCACAAAUUCUUAGAGCAAAGCCACAUUGCUCUAUUUUGCUUUGAUGUUUUACAUACUUUUUCUUUCUAUUAUACACAUUGAUGUGUUGGUUUGUCGUUGGUGUGUGGUGUUUUGAUGAAAUGAAGAGCAGAACUCUGAACAAUAAGAGUUCUAUAGCUUGGCUUUAAAUUUUCCUAAGUUUUUUAUAAUUACAGUUAUAGUUGGCGUUGAGGGGUCAUUUUAAUCUUGGGUUUUGAUGAUUACUUAUUGUCAUUAUCUCUGAUUCCAUUUUUGUCUGUAUAUAAGUACCUAAGUAAUUGUAUUUUAACAAUUGCCAAACUAAUUUACUAUUGAGGAAUAAAAAUAUCAAUGUUUGCUAAAAGACAAAUGCUAUAUUGUAAUUUUUGUUGUAGGUUUUUAUUCAUGUAUCUAAUACCUAUUAAAUGGAGAAUGUUAAAUG